AUGGAGCAUUCUUAUUGGUGGAGUCAUAUUGUCACCAUCUUACUAGGGGUGUGGCUUCCAGCCUGCAAUGCCCAGACCACACCCACUGUACGCCCUAGUCCCUCCCCCACACCCGAAGCAUCUGAGCAACUGAAGUUCCGUCUGGCCGGUCACCCCAGGAAACACAAUGAGGGCCGAAUAGAGGUGUUUUAUAAGGGCGAAUGGGGGACCAUCUGUGACGAUGACUUCUCCUUAUCCAAUGCUCACGUGCUUUGCCGUCAGCUCGGUUUCGUCUCAGCCACAGGCUGGACUCACAGUGCCAAGUAUGGCAAGGGCACAGGGAAGAUCUGGCUUGAUAACAUGCAGUGUAGCGGCAGUGAGAAGAGUGUGUCAGCGUGUAAGUCACGUGGCUGGGGUAACAGUGACUGCACACAUGAUGAAGAUGCAGGAGUGAUCUGUAAGGAUGAGAGAUUGCCUGGAUUUGUGGACUCCAACAUUAUUGAGGUGCAGGUAAAUGAGAACAGGGUGGAGGAAGUGCGUCUGCGACCAGUGCUUUCCAUGGCAAAGCGCCGGAUGCCCAUAACAGAGGGAGUAGUGGAGGUGAGGUAUAAAGAUGGAUGGGCUCAGGUCUGUGACAUCGGCUGGACUCCCAAAAAUUCCAGAGUCAUCUGUGGCAUGAUGGGAUUUCCCCAUGAGAGGAAAGUCAACAAAAACUUCUACAAGUUGUAUGCGGAGCGACAGAAGAACUAUUACUGGGUUCACUCGGUGGCGUGUGCAGGGACAGAGGUUCACCUGGCUGCUUGUCCAAUGGAGUUUAAUCAGGACAAUGCCACGCAAACCUGUAAAGGCGGCAUGCCGGCCGCUGUCAGCUGCGUUCCUGGGCCGCAAUACACUCAAAGCAGCAGCAUGAAGAAGAAGCUCAAAAUUUCGAGUACCGUGCGUCUGAAGGGUGGGGCACAGUAUGGAGAGGGCAGGGUGGAGGUUCUGAGGGGCAGUGAGUGGGGAACUGUGUGUGACGAUCGCUGGAAUCUGCAGUCAGCUAGUGUGGUCUGUAGAGAACUUGGGUUUGGGUCAGCUAAAGAAGCCUUUAACGGAGCCCGCAUGGGGCAGGGCAUUGGGCCAAUCCAUAUGAAUGAGAUACAGUGCACUGGACAGGAACGUUCCAUCUGGAACUGUCGCUACAAGAACAUCACAGUGGAAGAUUGUCAACACACAGAGGAUGCAGCUGUUCGCUGUAACAUCCCCUACAUGGGCUACGAGAGAACGGUGCGUAUCUCGGGGGGCCGCACACGCUAUGAGGGACGUGUGGAAGUGCUACGCACGGGGCAUAAUGGUACACAGCACUGGGGGCUUAUCUGUGGAGAGGGCUGGUCCACCAAAGAAGCCAUGGUGGUCUGCAGACAGCUGGGGCUUGGAUACGCCAACCAUGGACUCCAAGUGCGGCUAAUGGGCGGGCGAUCGGAGUACGAGGGGCGACUGGAGGUUCGGGUGGGUGAUCGCUGGGGCAGUGUGUGCAGUGAGGGUUGGACCACCAAAGAGGCCAUGGUGGCCUGCAGACAGCUAGGGCUGGGUUACAGCAUGCACGCUAUGACUGAAACAUGGUACUGGGAUGGCAGCAAUGUGACAGAGAUGGUUAUGAGUGGAGUGAAGUGUACAGGUGAUGAGCCAUCUCUCAGCCAAUGCAAGCACCACAAAAUUGUCAACUGCCAGAAAUCGGCCGCCCGGUUCGCAGCGGGAGUCAUCUGCUCUGAAACUGCCUCUGACUUGGUGCUGAAUGCCUCGCUGGUGCAGCAGACCGUGUACAUAGAGGACCGGCCCUUGCACAUGCUGUACUGCGCGGCUGAAGAGGACUGCCUGUCUAAGAGCGCUGCCAAAGCUAACUGGCCCUACGGCCACCGCCGGCUCCUCCGCUUCUCCUCUCAGAUUCACAACAUCGGCCGCGCCGACUUCAGGCCCAAAGCCGGCCGCCACUCGUGGGUCUGGCACGCCUGCCACGGACAUUAUCACAGCAUGGAUAUCUUUACCCACUAUGACCUGAUGUCUGCGAAUGGCUCUAAGGUGGCAGAGGGACACAAAGCCAGUUUCUGUCUGGAGGACAGUGAGUGUCAGGAAGGUGUUUCCAAAAGAUACGAAUGUGCUAACUUUGGUGAGCAAGGCAUUACGGUGGGGUGCUGGGAUUUGUAUCGCCAUGACAUUGACUGUCAAUGGAUUGACAUUACCGAUGUGAAACCAGGAAACUACAUCCUACAGGUUGUGAUAAAUCCCAAUUUUGAGGUUUCUGAGAGCGACUUCACAAACAAUGCUAUGAAGUGCAGCUGUAAAUAUGAUGGUCACAGGAUCUGGGUACACAACUGCCACAUUGGGGAUGCGCUGAGUGACGAGGCUGAGAGGAAGUUUGAGAAAUAUCCCGGGCAGCUCAACAACCAGAUUUCCUAAUUCAGAUCACUCCGGUUUACACGAAAUCUCUCCUAACCUGCAUUACAAUAAAACGCUUGGUUCAAGUCACACAAGGUCUCCGAAUCCAGAUCAAACUGCAAACAUAAUGCAGUCAACCUAUCCGGAUAUCACUUGCUUUAUAGAUAUAUUAUCCAUAUCAAAUUUCACUGCUUUUCAUAAGGGUUUAAUACAAACAUUUUCAACAUCUUUUAGUCAGUGGAAGAGCUGAGGCUAUAAAACCUUGCUUUAUCCAAACAAUAGACCUCAUUUUUCUGUUGUUUCAGAUGUUGGUGGU